CAAUCUCUCUCCUUUGCCUUCUUUAGGCUGGGGCCUGAGGGAGCAGGCUUGAUUUUUUGUGAAUGAAAUGCUCUCUGGAUGUGUCUGGGUCGCCGGUUUCUGGCUUCCUCUGCUUCCAUCUCCCUUUGGGCCUCUCUCUGGCCAUUUCUGUUUCUCUCCCUGGUCCCUGACCAUCUCCCGUUGCUGGGUGACUCAGUGAGCUUUACAUCCGGUCUCAUUCAUAAAUCCGGGAAGGAGUGGGGGAAGAGAGCCUGGGUUUCUCAUCCAGCCUGUGGCCUGGACGGCAGGGUGCAGAGGCAGUGUAGGGGGGACGGGAGCUGAGUUGAUGGGCUCUGAGAAAAUACAUAUGCGCAAGCACCCAGCUGUGAGGGGGAACGAUGGGUGGGGCUGCGGGUAUGGGAAGGGAGAAGGAGACGGGGUUGAUAGGGGAUGAGCAGGAGGGGGAAGGGAAGUGGAAGACUGAAACUGCAGCGUGGAUGGGAAAGAUGGGGAGAGGGAGGAAAGGUGGGUAUGGAGGAGGUAGGCAUGGGAGAAAAGAAAUGGCAUGAGGAAGAAAGAAGCCAUGCUGGAAGAAGGUACAUGGUUCGGGUCCGAGCUGUGGUGAUGGCCCGAGAUGACUCCAGUGGGGGCUGGCUGCCUGUGGGGGGCGGGGGCCUCAGCCAGGUGAGCGUAUGUCGGGUCCGAGGGGCCAGGCCCGAGGGGGGGGCCCACCAGGGGCACUACGUCAUCCACGGGGAGCGCCUCCGGGACCAGAAAACCACCUUGGAGUGUACUCUGAAGCCAGGCUUGGUUUACAACAAGGUGAACCCCAUCUUCCAUCACUGGAGCCUGGGAGACUGCAAGUUUGGGCUGACGUUUCAGAGUCCUGCAGAGGCUGAUGAGUUCCAGAAGAGCCUGCUGGCUGCACUGGCGGCGCUGGGUAGAGGCUCACUCACUCCCUCCUCCUCUUCCUCCUCCUCCUCCCCUUCCCAGGACACCGCAGAGACUCCCUGCCCUCUGACGUCCCACGUGGACAGCGACUCCUCCUCCAGUCACAGCCGCCAGGAGACGCCUCCCACCGCCUCGGUGGCGGCCCCCAUCAUCACCGUGGAGUCAGCUUCUGGCUUCGGGCCGGCUACACCUCCCCAGCGCCACUGCUCCUCCACUCAGAGCUAUCCUCCGCUCCUUCCAUUCACGGGAAUUCCAGAGCCCUCAGAGCCGCUGGCCGGGGCAGGGGGCCUGGGCUGGGGCGGCCGCGGCUAUGAGGAUUACCGGCGCGCCGGGCCACCCGCACCCCUCGCCCUGUCCACCUGCGUCGUGCGCUUCGCCAAGACCGGCACAUUGAGGGGAGCCGCCCUGGGGCCCCCCACUGCCCUACCCGCCCCUCUCACCCAGGCUGCACCCCCAGCGCCCCCGGCUCGCCCACCCCCGGGUCGUCGCCUGCUGGUGCGCCGCCUUAGCUGCCUGUGGUGCGCCGAGAGCUUGCUCUACCACUGCCUGUCGGACGCCGAAGGGGACUUCUCGGACCCGUGCGCUUGUGAGCCAGGCCACCCGCGCCCCGCUGCACGCUGGGCCGCGCUGGCUGCUCUUUCUCUGGCAGUGCCCUGCCUCUGCUGCUAUGCGCCCCUGCGCGCCUGCCACUGGGUCGCGGCGCGAUGCGGCUGUGCUGGCUGCGGGGGCCGCCACGAGGAGGCAGCGCGGUGAGGACGGCCUAGCGGGUCCAGUCCCCAGACCAAGGACCCAAAAUUGACGGUUCAGGACCCCGGACUCCAUUCCGAUCCCAAAUCUAGGCACACCCGGAACUUGGACCUUGAGUUUGGAUUGAGAGACCCCAGAUCUGGAACCUGGACCCCAAAUCUAGGACUGAGAGACCCCAUACACAGCUUCAUUGGGAUGUCUGUCCAAGAGGUCUCAGGCGUCCUGAGUUCUGGCGUCCCCAUCCUGCACCCUUCUCCCCCACCCCUGGCGUAAACUGAGGAGACUCCAGGCAUUCAUUCCUAGGCUCCAUGCCUCACGCAGGCCUGGGGGCACAGGGACCCUGACAAACGCAGGGUCUGAGCAAACCCCCAGAUCACUGUCCCACAGGCAAGAGUUGCCAGUAUCUGAAUCUGCCUAUAUACAGUUACUCCCAGAUCUUGAAACCACAGGACCCAGAUCAUCCCCGAAUGGUCCCUGAAUGAUCACCUAAAACCUGGGUCACCCAUAUCUGAGAUGUUCUCGUAGCCCCAGGACCCCUGAAACACCAAGCCCUCUUAAGAUGCCCUGAGUCCUUACACGUGCUCCGACAGAUGUUCUCUGACCAAAAUGACAGGAGACCCAACUUAGAGCAUGGCUCCCCUCCCCCCGAAAUCCAGAUGUCAGACUCCAAGACACUCCUGGAGCUAGAGAUCAAAGACCUCUAUAGACCCCCUCCCCCCCACCCAGUGUUCCCAAGAGCUUUGGAUCUCGUAUGUAGGACUCUGAAGUUCCUAGUACCCCCAGAUGGAGGACUAAAGGCCACCAACACCUCAGGCCCCAAGACACUGGUCCCAAGUCCUCAGCCCUCUUCGACUUGGAUUUCAAGCCCCAGAAUGUCCCGGAAUAUUUGGCUUCUUUGUACCCCCAGAUCCCCAAUCCCCUAAAGCCCAGCUCCCAGAAGAUGGCAUGUUCAUGACAACUCGGACCUCUGACCCCUUGGCCCCUACCCCUGAGUGACCCCCAAGGUGCUUUAAGAGCACUGGAUCCAAGACCCCAAGGUGCCAUUGACCUUCCAAAUUUAUGGCUCAAGCCACUACAACAUUGAGAUUAUCCCUGAGCCAAGACCUUGGUCCCUCUAUACCAGAGACAGAUCCGAGGUACCCCAGGACCCUAGCACCUUCGCAUCAGAUUUCUUGGGAAAUCUGUAGCCUCAUAAUCCCUGAGACCUGCUGCCCCUUGAAUCCUGCUGUCCGUAGGCUUCACCGAGACUCCAAGGUCCCAGACUCUGAAAUUCUAUUUCCAAGGGCCCUGGCCUAAGCCCCCAGCAUCCCAUAGAACCCUUUACCCU